AAUUGGUGGUUUGGCAUUCUACAAAAUGGACAACAGGGUUAUUUUCCAGCAAAUUAUGUGGCUGCUGAAAUGCCUUAUGAUGAAGAUCUCACUACAGCGUCAAAGACAUAUUUUACCCAUUCCCAGGAAGAUUUUACUACAGAAGGGCCUGAACAGAGUCCUCAAAGGAUGUCGGUGGUCCCCAGCAAGGCAAAGGAUCUGAAAUUUAUGUCACAGCAUGACACAGAUGCAGAUUCACCUGUGACACAAACAAGGCAAAGAGCUCCGGACAUGACAAAAUCACCUGAU